CCAAAGAUAUUUGUUACGUACUUGAAUUAAAUAAAAAAUCAAAAUAAAAGUUGUAUCUCGGGUGUAGCAUCUAAUAAACUCUUUUUACCACAUUCAAAAAAAAAAAAUUGAUUCCUGCAGGUCGGCCCCACAUCCUCACCUACACUUUUAAAAAUCCUUCUGGCCUCCAUUACCAAUAACACAAUCUCAACUUCAAAAUUUCCUCACUCACUCAGUCACAGCAAUGGCGGCGGCGCUAUCCUUCCUCCUCCUCCUGCUGUUCUUGACCGCCCCCGUCAUCUCGUGGCGGCCGUGGCCCGAUUCUCCGGCGAACGCGAGCGCCGGCCUCUUCGGCGGGUCGAAGAAAUACGAGGGCUCGUCAGAAUUCGUGAAAAUGAGGUACCACAUGGGCCCCGUCCUCACCGCCAACAUCACCGUGUACCCCAUCUGGUACGGCGCUUGGCGGAGCUCCCAGAAGCGGAUAAUCCGCGAGUUCAUCGCGUCCAUCUCGGCGGCGGGGAGCAGGCGGCCGUCCGUGGCGGCGUGGUGGCGCACCGUCCAGCAGUACACAGACCAGACCGGCGCGAACAUCUCCCGAUCCGUCCACAUGGGCGCGGAGAAGAGCGACCGGUUCUACGGGCACGGCAAGACGCUGACGCGGCUGUCGGUGCAGUCGGUGAUAAAGUCGGCGGUGAGCGCGGCGACGCGGCCCCUGCCGGUGAACCCGAGGAGCGGCGUGUACCUGGUUCUGACGUCGGAUGACGUGUACGUACAGGACUUCUGCAACAACGUGUGCGGCUUCCAUUACUUCACCUUCCCCUCCAUAGUGGGGUACACGCUGCCGUACGCGUGGGUGGGGAACUCCGCAAAGCUGUGCCCCGACGUCUGCGCCUACCCCUUCUCCGUCCCCAAAUACAUUCCCAAUCUCAAGGCCGUCAAGUCCCCCAACGGCGACGUCGGAGUUGACGGCAUGAUAAGCGUGAUAGCGCACGAGAUAGCGGAGGUGGCCACCAAUCCGUUAGUUAACGCCUGGUACGCGGGGGGCGACCCCGUCUUCCCGGUGGAAAUUGCGGAUUUGUGCGAGGGCAUUUACGGAACCGGGGGCGGCGGGUCCUACACCGGUCAGAUGAUGAACGACGGACAGGGCGCCACGUAUAACAUGAACGGCAUCCGACGCCGCUUCUUGGUCCAGUGGGUUUGGAACCAUCUCCUUAAUUACUGCACUGGCCCUAAUGCUCUCGAUCACUAACCCUCUCUCUUUUUCCGCUUCGGAUAUCAUAUGUACUCUACUAUUUUUCUUUUUCUUUUUUCUUUAUAUUUAAAUAGUACUAGCAGUAAUGUUUAUUUUGGGUUGUUGAUUGUUAAUGAGAAAUUAGUUAGAGCUA